CGUGCCCGCCUGUGUGUCAGUAGGCUGCCGCUGCUGGAAGAGGAGGAAAGGAAGAGCAGAGAGGGAAGAAAGCAGAGACAAGUGCAAGAGAGGCUCGGAGGUGGACGGGACUUGACGUAAAUAAACACGGGAGACAGCUACUACAGUUCUGUCGCAGGACGCUGCAAACAGAGGGUCUUCAGUUCGAGGCUUCCGAGAGACCCACACACAAGAUUUGAGGAAUAAACCGGAAUACAUCCAGGGAAAAGGAGAGGAAUUCAUCCUUCUCUGUGUUGAACGUGCAGCAGCGUGUGUCUUCAGACCUCAGUGAGGUACAGAGCUGAGCCAAGGGGACUGAACUGCUGCGUCCGGGGGGGGUGGGGGCCUAAACGUCACACAGCUGCCAUGGAGAGGAGAGGAAGGAUGGGUUUAGCUGCACCACCAACAUCCUCACCACCAUCUUCAUCAUCAUCAUCACCGUUGCUGGUCCUACUGGUCCUGUCACUACUGGGAACCCUGGUCACAACACUGGAGGUCCCUCUAGACCUUCUGAAACGAUUGCCCCAGCCUCCCACCAUCACCCUCCAGUCCCCCAAGGACUACAUCGUGGACCCCCGGGAGAACAUUGUCAUCCAAUGUGAGGCCAAGGGCAAGCCCCACCCCCGCUUCUCCUGGACCAGGAACGGGACCCACUUUGACAUCGACCAGGAGCCCAAGGUCACCAUGAGGCACAACUCGGGCACCCUGGUGGUGGACAUCAGCGGGGAGAAGGCGGAGAACUACGAGGGCGUGUUCCAGUGCACCGCCCGCAACGAGCACGGCACCGCCCUGUCCCACAACAUCGCCAUCAGACAGUCCAGGUCCCCCUUGUGGUCCAAGGAGAAGAUCGAUCCAAUCGUGGUCCAGGAGGGCGUGUCCCUGGUGCUGCAGUGUCAGCCGCCUGUGGGCCUGCCCCCUCCUGUCAUAUUCUGGAUGGACAACAACUUCCAGAGGCUCCCUCAGAACAGCAGGGUGUCUCAGGCCCUCAACGGAGAUCUGUACUUCUCCAACGUCCGCAAGGAGGACACCAGGAGCGACUACAUCUGCUACGCGCGCUUCCCGCACACUCAGACCAUCCAGCAGAAGCAGCCCAUCACCGUCAAAGUCCUUAACCUGGAUGCAAUCAAUGAGACAAUGGCAGAUUUUUACAAUGAGACUGAUUUAUUUAGUGAAGCCCCAGCGGACGACAGGAAGCCCACCUUCCUCAUCCCGUCCGGUGCGUCCAGCACUCAGCUGGUCCUGCGGGGGCAGGUCCUGGAGCUGGAGUGUAUCGCCGAGGGCCUGCCCACUCCCCAGGUGUCGUGGACCAAAGUGGGCGGAGAUCUCCCGACCAAGCGCACCUCCUUCCUGCACCACCAGAAGACGAUGUCCAUCGUCAACGUGUCCGAGUCGGACGCCGGGGAGUACCGCUGCUCCGCCAAGAACCAGCUGGGCUCCGCCCACCACAACAUCCGGGUCACCGUCAGAGCUGCUCCAUACUGGAUCAGCGGCCCGCCUCGUAACCUGGUGCUGGCUCCCAGGGAGACCGGGGUGCUCACCUGCCGAGCCAGCGGCACCCCCAAGCCCUCCAUCGCCUGGUCCAUGAACGGCAUCCCCGUGGAGAACUCCAUCGACGACGACCCCAGCCGGCGGGUGGAGGACGACUCGGUCAUCUUCACCGAGGUGCAGCCGGGCGCCAGCGCCGUGUACCAGUGCAACGUGUCCAACGAGUACGGCUACCUGCUGGCCAACGCCUUCGUCAACGUGCUCUCCGAGCCCCCCAGGGUGCUGACCCAGGCAGAGAAGGUGUACCAGGUGAUCAGACACCACCGCGCCCUAAUGGACUGCGCCUCCUUCGGCUCCCCCAUCCCCAAGAUCACGUGGUUCAAAGACGGCAGCUCCAGCACCCUGGACGGGGAGCCGUACGUGAUCCACGACAACGGGACCCUGGAGCUCCACGUGGCGCAGGCCCUCUACAGUGGGAAGUACACCUGCGUGGCCCGCAACUCCCUGGGCACCUACGAGAACCACGUCUACCUGGAGGUCAAAGAUCCGACCCGCAUCAUGAGACAGCCCGAGUACAAGGUGGUGCAGAGGGGCAUGUCGGCGGUGUUUGAGUGCAAGGUGACCCACGACCCCUCGCUUCUCCCCACCAUGACCUGGCUUAAAGACAACGACGAGCUGCCCGACGAUGAAAGGUUCAUCGUGGACUCGGACACCCUGACCAUCGCGGAGGUGACGGAGGGUGAUGAGGGCGUCUACACCUGCAUCAUGAACACCACCCUGGACCACGACUCGGCCAGCGCUGAGCUCUCUGUCGUCGAGGCCGAGCCCACUCCUGCUGUUGUCUACGAGCGCCCGGAUCCGCCCACGGAUCUGGAGCUCACAGACAAGAAGGAGAGGAGCGUUCAGCUCACCUGGACGCCAGGAGAUGAGAACAACUCCCCCAUCGAGAAGUUCCUGAUUCAGUACGAGGACUCUCUUCACCACCGCGGACACUGGCACAACCUGACGGAGGCUGCGGGCACUCGGACCACCGCCAACCUCCCGCUGUCCCCCUACGCCCACUACACCUUCAGGGUGCUGGCGCUGAACACAGUGGGGCUCAGCCGUCCCAGCGCCCCCUCCAGGAUGUACAAGACGGAGGCUGCAUCUCCCGACGAAAACCCAACUGGAGUACACGGAUCUGGCACUGAACACAACAACCUGGUCAUAUCGUGGAAGCCGCUGAAGGGGAUCCAGGCCAACGGUCCCAUGCUGAAGUACAAGGUGAUGUGGAGGCUGAAGGACGUGGACACGGACUGGACCUCCGUGGUCGUGGCCAACGUCUCCAAGUUCGUGGUGUCGGGAACACCCACCUUCUCCCCCUACGAGCUGAAGGUGCAGGCCCUGAACAAGCACGGCAGCGGGCCCGAGCCUGCCGUGGCCCGUGGGCACUCCGGAGAGGACUUGCCAGUGGCGGCUCCAGACAACACCCAGGUCCUGGUGUUGAACAGCACGCUGGUGGAGGUGCACUGGGACCCCGUGUCCCUCAAGUCCAUUCGGGGACACCUGAGGGGGUACAAGGUGUACUACUGGAGGGAGCUCAGCCUCCACAAGCACAACCCCCGCCACGUGGAGAAGCAGAUCCUGGACUUCAGCGGGAACCACACCCACGGCAUGGUGCCCGGGCUGAAGCCCUCCAGCCACUACUCGCUCAACGUGCGCGUGUACAACGGCAAGGGAGAGGGCCCGCCUAGCCCCAGCCAGAUGUUUGAGACCCCCGAAGGAGUCCCCGGCAUCCCGUCGUUCCUGACGGUGUCAGAUCCGGGCCUCGACUCCCUGACCCUUGAGUGGGGUCCCCCCAAGGACCAGAACGGCCGGCUCACCGGCUACACCCUCACCUACCAGCCAGUCAAUAGCUCCAACGAGCCAGGCCCAGCCAAGGAGCUGUCCCUGGGCCCCAACGAGACCAACGUCACCCUGCCCCACCUCAAGUACAGCACGCGCUACAAGUUCUAUUUGAGCGCCAAAACAGCCAAGGGGGCUGGACCCGCCAUCCCACAGGAGGCUGUCACGAUCAUGGACGAAGCGUUUAUGCCUCAUCAGAUAGAUGACAACUCAGGAAUUAUCCAAGCCUCUCAUCCCAUUGCACCGUCUCCUCCCCGCCUUCCCAUCCGCAAGGUGGCGUCUGUGGCCCCGUCGUUUGGGAACGUUAGCUCCGUGCCGGGCGUGGAAGGCCCUGUGAUCAGUUGGGAAUACUCUGGCCCAGAGAGAAAAGUGUAUCUAGAAUACGUGUUGAAAAACAGUGGAGGCGAGGAGCAGGAGGAGGACGAGAAGGUGGUGUGGCAGAAAGAGUAUGUGAACGACUCCCAGGGCGUGGUUCUGAGGGGCCUGAAGGAAGGCCUGGUCUAUAGGGUGCGGGUGGUGGCUGAGGGUCUGGACGACCAGUCCCCACACCGCUCCGAGGAGAUUGUAGUCACGGUGCCAGCUAUGACCAGCAGGCAGGUGGACAUCGCCACGCAGGGCUGGUUCAUCGGCCUCAUGUGCGCCAUCGCCCUGCUCAUCCUCAUCCUCCUCAUCAUCUGCUUCAUCCAGAGGAACAAGGGAGGCAAAUACCCUGUGAAAGAAAAGGAGGACGCUCACACAGACCCCGAGUUCCAGCCCAUGAAGGAUGACGACUGUACCUUCGGAGAAUACAGCGACAGCGAGGACCAAAAACCGCUAAAGGGCAGCCGCACGCCGUCUAGCGGCCGGACGGUAAAGCGAGGCGACAGUGACGACAGUUUAGUUGACUACAGCGAGGGCGGCGGCGACGGGCAGUUCAACGAGGACGGAUCCUUUAUCGGCCAGUAUAGCGGCAAGAGCAUCGGCCGGGACACCGUCCAGGGCGAGGGUCCCGAGAGCUCCGAGGCCCCGUCCCCUAUCACCACCGCCAUGAACUCCCUCAACUCCUUUGUUUAGCGCCCCCUGGUGGACCGGCCCCGUGAACGGCAGAGUUGCGGCCCAGCCCGACCGCCGACCGACCCAUCCCAUCCACCCCUGCACAGCACUGUCCCACUGGCACUGCAUGGCUGCUUCAUCCAUGACAUGCCCAUUGCUUCUGUACUGUAGUGGCGCUUUGUGACCUGUCGAUGUCCACAAGAUGGCCGCCGCCCCGGUUGUGUGGAAUGACUUUGUGUUGUCUCGUUGUAAACUGAAAAGAGGGGUUUAGGUGAAACAAUGCUCAAAAUUGUUGUGGUUCUUUUUAGAAUCAGGUUUUCUUCUAGUUAUUCCUGAUUUAUUUGUUUGUGCUAUGGGUAUUUUGUCUCUCGGGAGAUUUAUUUUUCUGUUUAAUUGGAUUCUAAAACCACUGAAUAUUUUGUCAUUUUGUUAUUUAGAAACCCAAAGGCAUGAAUACUUAUCUAUUUAUGCAGUGGAUGCUAAGAAGACAUCUGCCUCCAAAUGAUCAUAACACAUUAUUCUUCCCCAAGACAAAAUAAGAAGUGGCAUCUCUCUUUUUAGUUGCAUCGUAAAUGCAGCAUCCAUCCAAAAACCCAUUUAAUUGGAAAGUCUAAAAUGUAGUCUUUGGUAACCAACCGCUGAGAGCGAUUGUCUUCAACAGCGUGUUCCUGUGUCUGCCACACGCAUCCUCCCCCUCCAUCACUCUGUUGAAUGCUUCACCUGUGACCAUGUGGCCAAGGUCACUGCAACGCUGCAUGGCUUGUCAUCAUUCACACCUGUUGACCUUGUGACCUCUUGUCCCCCCAUCUGACCUAGAUAUAGAAUGAGGUUCACCUCACAUGACCUCGGUCCCGAGUGCCAUGUCUGUCUAUUACGCAUACAAGGCUGAAUCUACGGCCACUGCAGGUCAGGGCAGCACUCCCAGUAUAGGCACUGUUAUGAUCCCUUCCUGUAAAAAACACAAAUCACUGAUCACAUGGGCGAGUCAGGAUGCAAACCCCAGUGUGUUCGCUUGAGUGUGUGUGUGAGUGUGUGAGUGUGUGACUGUGUGUGUGUGUGUGUGUGUGUGUGUGUGUGUGUGUGUGUGUGUGUGUGUGUGUGUGUGUGUGUGUGUGUGUGUGUGUGUGUGUGUGUGUGUGUGUGAGUCGCUCACCCUCCAGAGAAGAUUGCUUCUCCUUCUGCAGAAGCAAACCCUUAAAGACGAGAGCGUGUCAAUACCCUUCCCGGUCGAGACGCCUAAUGAUGCCUUGGUAAACAAGAAGCCGAGGGAACGCCCCUACUGAUCAGGGCUGUGUCAUUAUGUUAAGGAAUAUUGUCAAAAGUGUCGCGCAGUGCAUUUCCCUUUGACUCCACUCCACAAGUUUUAUGAUUGUAUUUCUGCAGUGUAUACGGGCGUGACUGUUUAACCAUGAAUGCGUGCGUGCGUGUGUGUGCGUGUGUGUGUGGUGUGCACGCUCACGUGUGUGUGUGUGUGUGUGUGUGUGUGUGUGUGUGUGUGUGUGUGUGUGUCUCUCUCUCGAGGCUAUCGUUUAUAGAGUUAAUUUUCCAGGACAACCGUUUACUUAUUAACUUACCCUGAGGACCGACGGAGGCUGCCGACAAGAUUUGUGUUCACUUAACUUGCAUCAAGUUUUUACGUUUUGUGUUUUUUGUGUAUUUUCUUUUUUCUUUCUUUUUCGUUUUUUUACAGACGCGUAGAACCUUUGGUUGAAUGUGUAAAUAGAGCCUAAAUGACUGUACAGUGACAACGCGCUUCUACCGCGGACCCAGAGGCAGGAUUGUGCAUGGAAAUGAUUUAUUUUGUUAAUAGGACUGUAUCCAACCUCUAGAGAAUUUAUGCAUACUUUUUUUUUUUUCUCCUUUUUUUUUUGCUGUGCAUAGUGUAUAUUGUACUGUAACUAACUAUAAAGAAGGUUUGCAUAUGUUUAUAUUCCUAUGAUAUGCUAAUAGGACAUGAGCGAGUUCUGUUAUCUCAGUAUAAUACGAGUUUGGGUGUAUUCACGAUAACCCAUACAUGUACAUUAUUCCUAUAUUCUGAUUAUGUUGAGCAGUAUUACUAGCUACUGCCAAAAUUCAUAUUCUCCUUUUGGUGAUUGCAAAGACUGCAAAAAGGCUUUGUAUUUUAUAAACUUUGGUUUGUACUAACAAUGAAUUUCUCUCUCUCUCUCUCUCUCUCUCUCUCUCUCUCUCUCUCUCUCUCUCUCUCUCUCUCUCUCUCUCUCUCUCUCUCUCUCUCUCUCUCUCUCUCUCUCUCUCUCUCUCUCUCUCUCUCUCUCUCUCACACCCUCUCUAGCUCUCUAUUUAAGUUUAUUCACAUAGUGCAAGAAUGACAUUCACAAAACGGAAUAUAUGAUGAAUAAAAAAUAAAAUACAAUCCUCCUUCCA